ACAAAGACCAGCCACCGACGGGACACGCCCACAAGACUACCUACAGACACUUUAAGAGUCUGUCCGGACUAGGGACCAGGAACCGGAUCAGAGACCAGAGAGUGGACCAGUCCACAUCCAGGCGGACCUGCAGACGGUGAGGAUGAGGAGGACAGAGACGCCGCUGCAUAAGCAGCAGUCGAUGCCAUGUUUUGGAAAAGAGAUGCCGAGGCAUUUCCCCAAAAUGUCGAUGAGUGAGGUGGAUGAGAAGAUGUGUAAGCUGGCGGAGAAGGUGUACGCGUCAGCGCUGAAGGAGGAGGACACAAAGGACGCCAUGGCGCUGUUCACAGUCCCAGAGGACUGUCCCAUCGGCCUCCAUGAGGACCGAGAACGAGCCCUGCAGAAGGAGAUGGCCCAGCUCCACUGCCAGGAGUCGGUGAACAGGAAGAAGAACCUGAUGCUGAAGCGUUCGCAGUCAGUAUCGCUGCAGAUUCCUCCUGAAUGGUGUCUGUCGGUGGUUUCUCCAAUGCUCUCCCCAGUCACACCAGAACCAGGUCUGGCCAUGGCUUCCCCAGAAUUCCAGAGGGUCACCAUUAGUGGAGAUUACUGUGCAGGGGUCACUGUGGAGGACUAUGAGCAGGCGGCCCAGAGUUUGCUCAAGGCUCUUCUGAUCCGAGAGAAGUAUUCACGGCUGGCGUACCACCGCUUCACCAGAACCACGGCCCGGUUCCUCAGCGAGGCCCGGAAUGAGAAGUGGAAGGUGGAGGACGAGGUCCUGCCAGACAUCUUGCCAUACCCUCAUGAGGGUGAGGACCCCUACUCUAUGGAGGGGAUUCCUGACAACCUGAACUUCCAUCUGCAGAUGAAGGAUGGUAUCGUCCACGUCUAUGACGACGCCGAUGCUCUCAGAGAGCAGCGACCGCACAGCCUCCCCUACCCCGACCUCGAGACAUUCGCAGUUGACCUCAGCCAUGUCCUCGCUAUGAUCGCCGAUGGACCCACGAAGACGUACUGCCACCGGCGGCUGACCUUCCUGGAGUCCAAGUUCUACCUCCAUGAGAUGCUGAAUGAAAUGGCGGAGCUGAAGGAGCUGAAGGGCGUCCCACACAGAGACUUCUACAAUGUCAGGAAGGUGGACACCCACAUCCACGCUGCUGCCUGCAUGAACCAGAAACAUCUGCUGAAGUUCAUAAAGUCCACAUACCAGACGGAGGAGGACCGUGUGGUUCUGGAAAAGAACGGCCAGAAGAUGACGCUGAAGGAGGUGUUCCACAAGCUCAGCAUGGACCCAUAUGACCUUACUGUGGACUCACUGGAUGUUCACGCUGGAAGACAAACAUUUCAUCGCUUCGACAAGUUCAACUCCAAGUACAACCCGGUGGGAGCAAGUGAACUACGAGAGAUUUACCUGAAAACCGACAACUACAUCAGAGGAGAAUACUUUGCACGACUCAUUAAGGAAGUGGCCAAAGAGCUGGAGGACAGUAAAUACCAACACGCCGAACCUCGUCUGUCCAUCUACGGACGCUCGACCAGCGAAUGGGAGGGAUUGGCCACGUGGUUCAUCGAGCAUAAGGUGCACUCGCCAAACAUGAGGUGGAUCAUCCAGGUCCCACGGCUCUAUGACGUCUUUAGGUCAAAGAAGUUGGUCCCAAACUUCGCCAAGAUGUUGGAGAACAUCUUCCUGCCACUGUUUGAGGCCACAGUGAAUCCACAGAAGCACAAGGCCGUCCAUGUGUUCCUCAAAUAUGUCACAGGGUUCGACAGUGUGGACGACGAGUCCAAACACAGCGACCACCUGUUCUCCUACAAAAGCCCCACACCAGAGGAGUGGACGACGGACAACAACCCGCCAUACACCUACUACCUGUUCUACAUGUACGCCAACAUCAUGGUCCUCAACAACCUUCGCAGGGAACGAGGCCUGAACACGUUCCAGUUCCGUCCUCACUGUGGAGAAGCUGGUUCCAUCACCCACCUGGUGUCGGCGUUCCUCACCGCAGACAACAUCUCCCACGGCCUCAACCUGAAGAAGAGUCCGGUUCUCCAGUACCUGUACUACCUGGCCCAGAUCCCAAUCGCCAUGUCUCCGCUGAGCAACAACAGCCUGUUCCUGCAGUACUCCAAGAACCCACUCAGAGAGUUCCUCCACAAAGGCCUGUGUGUGUCGCUGUCCACCGAUGACCCCAUGCAGUUCCACUACACCAAGGAGGCGCUGAUGGAGGAGUACGCCAUCGCCGCUCAGCUGUGGAAGCUCAGCACAUGUGACCUGUGUGAAAUCGCCAGGAACAGCGUUCUGCAAAGCGGACUCUCCCAUCAGGAAAAGAAACACUUCCUGGGUUCAAACUACCUCCAGGACGGACCGGAGGGAAACGACAUCCGUAGAACCAACGUGGCCCAGAUCCGGAUGGCGUAUCGGUACGAGACGCUGUGCAACGAGCUCAGCUUCUUGGUGGAUGCUGUGAAGACAGACGUCUGAGUCACCGACUGCAUCUGAAUGCAUCAUCUGGAGAAAAAGGGUACAAUGAAACUGUAGUUUAAUCUGACUUUUAUCUGUGGUCACUGAGCUGAAGGUUAAAGGUCAUCCUUUACAGAUGAGGUGAGCGAUGGGUCACAGUGGUUCAUUUUCUACUUUUAAAGGUUGAACUUUUGGUUUAUCUGUUUGUGUGUUUUCACCACAGAAUUCAAAUUAACUGAGUAAACCAACACAUUGUCUCUAAUGUGUUUAAUGUGUUUGAGGAUGAUGGAUCUGUAUUUUCUGUUUGUUUUUCUAGAACACUGUGAACAUGCAUGGUUUAACUCUUUCACUCGGGUUCCAGUUCAACGACAUCAACUUUUCCAGUUGAACUGAAUCUGAAUAUUUUGUAUGCUUUAUACAUUUUUAUCACGUGUAAAUAAACUUGUAAACUGUGAAUGUGUAUUUUUUUUCUUUAGUCUUGUAUAUGACUGGAAUCAUGUUGGAUGUUUCCAGACCAGACGUAAAAUCUGACAAGUAGACGUUGCACAAAAGUCAGCAGACACCCCUCUAGUGGAAACUCCGAAAAAACCUCCAUUAAAAGCAACCAUUUGAGCAGGGGUGUCAAACAUGCGGCCCGGGGGCCAAAAGCAGCCCGCCGAAGGGUCUAAUCCGGCUCAUGGGAUGAAUUAUUGAAAUACAAAAAUUACACUGAAGAUAUUAACAAUCAAGGAUGUUAAAAUAAUGUUAGGUCAGUUUGAUCUAAAGUGGGGCAGACCAGUCAAAUACUAUCAUCAUAAACUGUAAUCAUGAAAACCAUAAAUUAUUCUGUUUUUAUUGUUAAAAAAAAAAAAAAAAAAAAAAACCAAAAAUGUUACAAAAAUGUGAACCUGAACAAAUAUGAACAAC